AUGGCUAUUGACAUCCCCAUCCAACUUGGUUUCGAUGAAGAAGAAACAGAAGUGUUUAAUGGGAUGACCGCACGAGAAAGAGGGGGAUUUAACCGCCUGAGAGACGACAAUUCAAGAAUUGUAUAUGUUCAAGCACUCGACCUUGGUCAAAACCUAGUUGGCUGUGGUCUCAACGUGGCUGCCCUAUCUGUACUUAUUAUCCUUGCUUCGACUGAAUACAAAAUUGACGAAGAAAAACUAAAAUUAUUUUCAUCCGCUGAUUUUUAUCGUUACUUUAGACAUAUUUCAGACUCUAUGAAGAAAACGUUGGAUGAGACUGUGAAUAAGAAUGACGUUGUUUUAUUCAUGAAGGGCACUCCCGAACUUCCAGAGUGCGGAUUUAGCAGAGCCGUUGUUCAAAUUUUCCAAGUUCAAGGUGUGGAUUUUUCAAAGAUCAAGACAUUCAAUGUUUUAAAAGAUAAUGAAUUAAGACAAGGUGUCAAAGAAUAUUCACAAUGGCCGACUGUUCCACAAGUAUAUAUUAAGGGAGAAUUUGUUGGCGGUUGUGAUAUCAUGCUCAAUAUGCAUCAAUCCGGAGAAUUAGAAGAGUUAUUAUUGAAACAAGGAUUAAUUGCCGAAGAAUCGGAAAAGGAGGAGUAG